AUGUCCAUUAAAUCCGCUCUUGAAUCAGGCAACAAUUCAUCUCGGACCCCGCUCAUUGUGCUCGGCGUAAUAGGCGGAACUCUCAUCUUCCUGGCAAUGACUGGCAGUCUCCUAUACUUGUUCUCCCGCAAGGAGCGGGCCAGGCGACGGAAUGCGCUUGCACAAGAGGUCGAGGCGUUCUCUCCCCUGCAACCACCCCCAGCAUACAAAGUGGACGACCUGAGAGCGCCUCGAGGUCCCCACUCUGCACAUCCCCGGCCGCUCUCCUCCUUUGCGCCGGACUUCAGUCGACAAGACCAUCAAUUUCCGCGGGCAUCAUAUGAACAGCCCCCACCUUAUCCAACUCUACCGACAUACGACCCCUCCAGAUACCAACCAACUCGAUCCAUACCAACCGAGUUCAAUCCACAUCCACAUCCCUAUACCUAUUCCAACCAGCCCAUCUCCACCCCCCAGGGUCCGUCUUCCCGCUUGAGCGCCGUGCAUUACAAUGACGCCAGACAGUCCCUGUCCCUGUCCCGACCGCUGUCAAUGGUGGGACAGGUCCCUCCGGGUCCAGGACCUGUGCCUGCAGCUGUGCCUAGACCGAGGCGCCAAACGGCUAUGCCACCACCUCCCGAACGGCGGCCAAGACAAGAGGGCCGCGAACGGAGUGUGUCUGAGCCAAUGCUACUCCAACCUGCAGGACCAAGACGACCUAAGCCUGUCCUGUCGCGGCUGAUCACCAAUUUCCGUUGA